AUGAGCUCCGCACUGCCUUACGACCCGCUCUCGGCACGUCCAAGUCCCAGCAGACGAGCUCUGGACUGGGAGCAGGAGCAUCUGACCGUGCGACGCCUGUCCUCUCCGCGGCGCGUCAACCUGCUCACUCCUCCUCCUCUUCCUCGGCGACCCUCUGCCAUCCCCGGCUACCUGCUGUCGCCCUACCGGGACCACGAAGAGCAGCUCCACCAGCAGCACCAGCGUCUGUCCCUGUCCGUCUGCUCCGAGGCCUCCCUGGCGCCCCCUGCCCCCCCACCUGUGGGUGCCGUCCCACCCUGCUGUCGCCCGGUGGGAGUCAUGCACCUACUACGGUUCGGCCUCCUCGCCUUCAGCUGCCUCUUCUGGGCAGCGGGCUUGGCCAUCUUCACCCUGGGCGUCUGGGCUCAGAUCUCCCUGGCGGACUACAUGACCCUGUCGGCCAACCGCUACCCCAACGCUCCGCUCAUCCUCCUGGCCACGGGCGCCGCCGUCACCGCAUGGGGGUUUCUGGGAUGUCUCGGGGUGGCCGCCAACCUGCCCUGCGUCCUGAGGGCGUACGGGUUCUUUCAGCUCGCCGCCCUGGUGGCCGGCUUGGCGGCCGGACUCUCGGGCCUCUUCUACCGCGAAGACAUUGCGGGAGGAUUUCGCAGCGGCCUGCAGCGGGCGGUGGCAGGCUACACGGAGGACGAGGGCCGUGCCGACGCUCUAGACAGCCUGCAGAGGGCCUUGGAGUGUUGCGGGGCGGAGGGUUGGCGCGACUGGCUCACUUCGGACUGGGCCAUCCAGCACAUGACCUUCCUCCCCAUGGACAACGGCACCUCGGUGUCCCUGCCGGACAGCUGCUGCGUGAGGCGGAAGGGCUGCAGGAACCGGCCGCUCCUGUCGGACGACAUCGACGGAGUGGUGGCGGCGGGGAUCCAUCCACACGGCUGCUUCCGCAAAGUCUUCAGCUUGGUCAACGACAACGUGUUUCACAUUGCCGCCACCGUGCUGGGGUUGGCCUUCACGCAGAUCGGAGGCAUCGCCCUCGCGUGUCUACUGGCCAACAAGCUGGCACCCAGGCAGCAUGGACGUGUAGUGGCACAUUAGAAAACCCGUCUAGAGAUGUAGCCUAGGUACGCCAGGCUUUGACCUAUUUGUUGA